CGCGGGCGGGAGGCGGCGGCGGCGGCGGCGGGGUCGGCGAUGGCUUUCGAGGCGCUGGCGGAGGCGGCGGAGCGGUGGUGCGCCCGCACGCCCUUCCAGCUCAUCGCCGCCGAGGAGACGGAGCGGCGCAUGGACUUCUACGCCGAGCCCGGCGUCUCCUUCUACGUGCUGUGCCCGGAGGCCGCCUGCGGGGACAAUUUCCACGUGUGGAGCGAAAGUGAAGACUGCUUACCUUUUCUGCAGCUCGCACAGGAUUACAUCUCCUCCUGUGGGAAAAAGACACUCCAUGAAAUAUUGGAAAAAGUCUUCAAAUCCUUCAGACCUUUACUUGGGCUUCCAGAUGUUGAUGAUGAUGCAUUUGAAGAAUAUAACGCAGAUGUGGAAGAAGAGGAACCAGAAGCUGAUCACCAACAGAUGGGUGUCAGUCAGCAGUGAUUUUCUGAGAAGCUAAAAUAAUUCGGAAGCCUUUGGUACCAGGUGGGGUCAGGUGGUCCCACGUUAGCCUGUUCGAAUUAGCACAUCACAAGGGGAUAUCUGGCUGCCAAGAUAAAAGUUUCACAAAAAAUGGUUUUAAAAAAAAAAAAAAAAUAAUAAUUUGUGAUGAGCUUUGCUAAGAAGUGACCUGAAUUUUGCUCCUGCUUCAGUGGGUUUUCUAUGGAGUUGUCUUGGUAGCAUUCUGCCGCUAUCAGUCUAGAAGUAGUUUUGUUGCUGACUUGUCUCUUCGAUUUGUGCUCGAGAGUAGCAUUCGCUGACGUGAAUGUAGAGUACCGAGAAUGUAGGAAACGUGUGGUGAGAGUGCCGAGUCCUCACCGGUGACCUUUCCAAGGAAACCAGCGCAGAGAGCAAACACCACACAACCUGCGCUCUUCUGUUUAGUUCAACAGCUAUAGUUUUUGAAAAAGUACCAAACUUGGAGAAACUUCUCCUUAAAAACAGUAGUUUAAUAGUGGUUGCUGCUGCAGAAGUGCUCGUGAAGGCUUAACAAAAAUAAUGGGAAGUAGGAAAUCCAGGGGGUGUCAGACAUAUUAAUGUUGUUUUACUGACACCUGAGUUUACAAGUGCUGAAUUAAUAACUGGGAGUAAUGCGUAUCAGCAGCACACAUUAUUGCCAGCCCUGGUACUCAAAACAUCAUGUGAUCCAAAGGCAAGUGCUGCUUUCUUACAAAUGAAGUAAAAAAUAGCCAUCGCCUAUCCCACUUCUGCAUGACAACCAACUUUAAGCUUUGCUGGUUUUGACACACUGCCAAAUUAUUACUCAAACCUCGUGGCAUCGUAAAUUAGAAUCAUAGAAUAUACUGAGUUUGAAGAGACCCAUCAGGAUCAUCAAGUCCAACUCCUGGCCCUGCACAGAAGACCCCACAAUCACACCGUGUGCCUGAGAGUGUUGUCCAAAUGCUUCUUGAGCUCAGGCAGGCUUGGUGCUGUGACCACUUCCACUGGGAGCCUGUUCUAGUGCUCAACCACCCUCUGAAUGAAAAACUUUUCCUGAUAUCUAACCUAAAGCUCCCCCAACUCAGCUUCCUGCCAUUUCCUCAUGUCCUGUCACUGGUCACGAGAGUGAAGAGAUCAGUACCCACCCCUCUGCUUCCCAUCGUGAGGAUGUUGAAGACCGCAGUGAGGUUUCCCCUCAGUCUCCUCCAGGCUGAACAAACCAAGUGACCUCAGCUGCCCCUCAUACGGCUUCGCCUCCAGACCCUGCACCAUCCUCGUGGCCCUCCUUUGGAUGCUCCCCAAUAGCCUAAUGGCUUUCUUAUAUUGUGGUACCCAAAGCUGCACAAAAUAUUCAAGGUGAGGCCACACCAGUGCAGAGCAGAGUGAGACAAUCCCCUCCCUGGACCUGCCUAAUGUCCCCCAGGACAUGGUUGGACAUGGUUGGCCCUCCUGGCUGCCAGGGCACUGCUGACUCAUAUUCAGCUUGCCAUUGACCAGGAUCCCCAGGUACCUUUCCAUAGUACUGCUCUCCAGCCUCUCCUUCCCUAGUCUGUACACACAACCAGGAUUGCCCUGUCCCAGGUGCAGAAUCCAGCACUUGCCCUUGUUAAACUUCAUCAAGUUGGUGAGAGAUUGCCCAUCUCCCUAAUUUGUCGCAGUCUCUCUGCAGGGCCUCUGUGCCCUGGAGGGAGUCACUAAAUUGCUCCUCCCAAUUUAGUGUUUUGGCAAACCUACUUAGUACUCCUUUGAGUCCUGCAUCCAAGUUGUUAAUGAAGAUGCUGAAGAGAACUGGGCUGAGAAUGGAGCCCUGUGGAACCCCACUAGUGACUGGAUGCCAGCCCAGUGUUACCCCAUUCAGUAUAACUCCUCUGCCCAACCUGUGAGCCAGUUGCUCACUUACCACAUAACACAGUUAUCCAGCUUGGUCCUGGACGUUUUGUCCAGAAGGAUACUGAGAGAAUAUCAGAAACUUUACUGAAGUCCAAAAAGAUGACAUCUGCUGGCUUUCCUAGAUCAGGUAGGUGAGUUACCCUGGCAUACAAGGAAAUCAGGUUCCACAAGCAGGACUUUUCCCUCAUGAAGCCGAGCUGGCUGUGGCUGAAGACUGUGUGGUCCUCCAGGUGUUUUUCAAUACCUCCCAGAAUAAUCUUUUCCAUGAUUUUAUUGGGCACUGAAGUGAGACUGACUGGCCCGUCGUUUCCAGGGUCCUUCUUGAGUGCACCUUGAGUGCAACUUAACAUUGAAGCCAUAGGGGUAUAAACCAGCACCUGGUUCUUAAAAUUAUGCUGGACCUCUUCCUCUCCCUGGGCCUUUGAGCUAGUGUGGUCAUUUACACCUCUUUGAAGGGGAGCUAAAAUACUACUACUUUGACUGAUAUAAAAUCUUGUGAGUUUUAUUUAUCAGGGAACUUGCUCCCCAGAAGGGUUUGGUGAGGGUCUUGGUAUAAAGGAGAGGAAGACCCUCAUGUUUUAUACCUGUUUUGCAUAGAUUUAAGUGACUUGGAUGAGUGCCAGACUGUGAAGAUGCAGGGUCUCUUUAUUUACUUGCCUUUUGUACUGAAAAUUUAAGAAGCAAAGAUAAUUCUGUUGUAAUACAACUGAAGAAAAAUGUUUCUAAAUUCACUCCUUUUUUCCAGUUUUUUAAAAACCAUUAGACAAAGGUCACACACUUCAAAAGCCCUUUUAUAUAGAUUAGCUUUAUAAAAACAAAGAGUGAGUGAAGAGAAAACGCUUGGACAACUCCUAGAAACAGCUCUCAUCAUUUUGAAAACCCUGUUAUUAACAAUAUCUCCUUUUCAAUAGACUUUUUAAAGACUCUUUUUCCAAGGUUACUAAAGAGAGCAAGUUUUCUUGGUGGUUUGAUGAUAGUGGCUUCAAGGAUGCAUAGCACAUGAUUUUUUCAGUUGGAGGCAAAGACCUUCUGUAACUGGGAUGAUGUGUGGUACCUGAGUCUGCACAGAAGUGUCUACAACACUGUAAAAGUCAGAGUUUAAGAAUAUAAAAAGAAAAAAAAGUGGAAGAAAACCAGAGCUUAAUGCAACUUUGUACAUUCUUUCAGCAUGCAGUGUAAACAUGGUAGUCGCAGCACAUUUUCUAUGGACUAGUGACGUGAGAACUGUGGCAGUUCAUUGUAUAACACUGUACAGCAGCAAUAGGCUUUUUGCUUACUAAAAUAAAGUGUAAGACCAGUGGUUUCCAUCCCUGCUUUAAGUCCCUAAAUUUUUCUUUCCUCUCCAGCUAGGACAGAUACUAUAACCUCAAACAAAGCCUUCCUUCAGGAAAACCUUUCUCUUCAUAGCAUCCAGUCCUUGGGUCGUGGCUUAUACAAGUAGGGGCUGACUUUCCUCUGCUCUAGCAUAAUGCAAGCAAGCAGUUCACAGUAGCCCAAGCAGGAGGAAUAGUCCUGCCAUCCAGGUUUGCUGGCCACUUGCACCCUUUUGACUCAGGGGAAGGUGCAGGCACCCACCCACACACCUGCAGAAGCUGUGGCAUGGCUGCAUCGUGAGCUGGGCUGAGGGGUCCGUCUGACUGACAUAUAACCCUCUGCCUUUUUACAGACAGGUAGUUUUCCAGCUGGAUCAAUCCUACCAUCUGGCUAAGUGUGUGGCUGCACAGACGAGUGCCAGCACAGCAGAGGGGAGGGUGCAGGGAUGGACCGGGCUAGUAGCUGAAGAACUGCUGCUAAAUGCACCUUGCACAGUGUUAGGGGCCCACGGCGGAGGUGCAGACCAGCCUAAAUACUGUGAAGGAUUGACUCCACAAGGCUCAGUGGAGAACUGGGCUCUGGCUGGCAGCAGGAUACGUGGGAAUUCAGGAAAUGAGGAAAGACUGUAGGAUCCAGUGCUUGCAACUGCAUACAGGAGGUUGUAAUAUGUACUGCACUCUGCUACCUUUCCCUGUGUAUUGAUUGAAUUGUUAGUGAGGGGUUGAACAUUAAUAUGGUUGCAAGCAAACAACGCUGUAAAUUAUGUAGAUAUAUUAUUAUUUUCUGUAUUCACUAACUUACUUUUUUUUGGAAUGCCAUAUACCAUUUGGGUGACUUCCACACCAGACUACAAGUGCUGGACAGCUGGGGGCCCUUCUGCAGUGCACAGGCGUGCAAAACUCCCACUGAUGCCAGCAAGAUUUUGUUCAGAUGGGACCUGCAGGACCAGGGGAUGCGUGAGGCUUGGUCCUGCACAGAGCUGAGCGCUCUCGUUCCCUCUCACUUUGCUAGGAGUGGAAUGUAUUGAGCCCUGCUGCUGAACUGAAGCAUGACCAACCAGCACUGAGAAUAAACUGGAAUUUUAUACAUAGAAAAUAUAAUUUACAUGUGUAAUAAAUGUGAAUGAGCAUUAAUAUAGAAUGUAUUUUAUUGAAAAUUAUUGAUUCCUUACUUUGACCAAA